AUGCUUCAGCUGGGAGAUGGACUUACUCUCUUCUCGGCCGUUUUUAUCGUGAUUCUCCUGGGGACAAGAAGCGCGGUUUGGUCCACCGUGCUCACGGCCUCUCUAUACCUCUUUCUGGUGAUGUUUCGGUUUCCCCAGGUACCGGCCAGCCGUUCCAGACAAGUGCUGCGGCCCGGGCUUCGAGUGUCGGCUAGUGGCGUGUCAGCGGUGGCGCACCGCGGGGGAGGACAUGAUGCCCCCGAAAACACCAUAGCAGCUAUACGGGCAGCCAGUGAAAAUGGAGCCACAGGUGUGGAGCUGGACCUGGAGUUCACAGCUGAUGGCGUUCCCAUACUGAUGCAUGAUGAGACUGUGGACCGAACCACAAAUGGAUCAGGUCCACUUAGCAAGCUGCUCUUCUCUGAACUCUGCAAACUAGAUGCGGCAGCCAAACAUAGGCACAGUGACCGAUUCCGAGGUGAGAAGGUUCCAGCGCUGCAGGAGGCCAUAGAGGAAUGCAUCAAGCACCAGCUGACCAUCUACUUUGAUGUCAAAGGUCAUCCUGAUGAGGCAUCUGCAGCACUAAAGGACUUAUUUCGGAAAUAUCCAGUGCUCUACAACACAAGUAUCGUCUGCUCAUUUGAGCCUAAAGUCAUCUAUAGGAUGCGGCAGUCCGAUCCUGAUGUGGUGACAGCAUUAACCCAUCGCCCAUGGAGCUUGAGUCAUUUUGGUGACGGAAAGCCAAGAUUCUCUUCCUCAUGGAAACAUCACUGGAUGCAGGUGCUGGAUGUGUUCCUUGAUUGGGCCCAUCAUCACUUGCUGUGGAACCUUUGUGGAGUCUCUGCCUUCCUGGUCCAGAAAAACUUCAUCUCCCAGGACUAUGUGCAGUACUGGGCUGAUCGAGGUGUGGAGGUUGUGGCCUGGACUGUGAACACCGCUGUGGAGAAAGAGUACUAUCAGCAGCUACUGAAGAUCAACUAUAUCACUGACAGUCUCAUAGAAGACUGUGACCCUCACUACUAAAAGCCGAAUUCUCAAAUCACUCUGGAUCUAAGGGAGAACGAUUAAAACUAAUUUGUCUGAGAGAUUAAAUGCUAUACAUAAUUUCAUAAAUUUGAUAAAUAAUGGUUUAUAGAUAUGAUUGUUUGUUUUGAGGUCAAACAGUUGUCAGAAAAUGUAUUUCAGUUACUCUACAAGGAAUUUAAACCAGUAUAUUUGUACUGUUCAAUUAGAAAUUAGUUUGAAUUUUAAGGGGUUAGUUCACCCAAAAAUUUAAAUUCUCUCAUCAUUUACUCCCACUCAUCCCAUCCCAGGUGUAUGACUGACUUUCUUCUGCUGAAUACAAAAGAAGGUUUUUAGAAGAAUAUUUCAGCUUGGUAGGUCCAUGCAAUACAAAUAAAUGGUGACCAGAAUUUUAAAACUUCAAAAAGGAGUUAAAAAGCAUAAAAGUAAUCCAUCAGACUCCAGUGGUUUAAUCCAUAUCUUCACAAGCAAUCCAGUUGGUUUUGGAUGAGAACAGGUCAAAAUAUUACUCCUUUUUCACUGUACACCUUGACAGCAGUCUACUUGGCAAUCAUGAUUUUAAGCUCAAUUACACUUCCUAUAGCGCCAUCUAGCUCUCUGUGCAUUCGUCAAGCACUAGGAAGUGUAAUCGAGCUUGAUUACAGACGUGCCUAGCGACUGUAAUGGCAAGAUAUAGGCUGUGUCUCAAUUAGAAGAACACAAAUAAUGGUCUUGUCAAUCUACCUUGGAAGGACAGAAGGACAUAGAACGCAUCUAUUGCGAGCUUAAAGAUGUGCUGCGAACAUCCUGUUGCGCAAUUAAACGUCACCACACAUUUGAAAGCAGUGCGAGAACUACUGGCAUUAUCACACACUAGUAACAGCCUUAUCAUCAAGCCAGUGAGGUUUUGCUGGACUAGUAACACAUUUAAAGAAUAAAGUCUGUAAACACUUAUUUCCUUCAUGUGUUUAUGACUGUCAAUAUGAUGCCCAACAUAACAAAUGUUGAUGGAGUUUAAUGACUCUCAUGAGCCGACAGACUAUCAUGAGCUUAUAGUGGGAAACUGUUGGAAAUAAAACAACUGAUAUAUCAGUGAGUAAAACACAACGGUAAAUGUCCCUCGUCUGCCAACAUAGUAUUGGGUUCUUGCCCAUCUGAUGCAUCCUCGAUAUUCGGCCUGAUCAAGAACACAUUCAGUUAAUUUGUGAAACAGCCAUACAGUAAAAAAAGGAGUUAUAUUUUGGUCAGUUCUCAACCAAACCAACUGGAUUGCUUCAGAAGAGUUUUAUGGAUUACUUUUAUGUGCAUUUUGGGCCUUCAAAGUUAUGGUCACCAUUCACUUGCAUUGUGAGGACCUACAGAGCUGAAAUAUUCUACUAAAACUCUUCAUUUGUGUUCAUCAGAAUAAAGAAAGUCCUACACACCUGAGAUGGCAUGAGAGUGAACAAUGAGAGAAUUUUCAUUUUUGGGUGAACUAUUACCUUCAAGGACAAAAUCAUUAGUUAUCUUACAUAGGUCUUCAUUUGAUCAUCUAAUGAUCAUUCGGAUCCACUCAAAACAUACAAUUAUAGAAGUGCAUUCAUAUGGGCAGCAUGCUGUAAAGAUUAGCAGUGAGUGGAAAUUUACAGGGUAACAAAGUGCUUUCAUUGUGUGAAAUUUACAAUAGGGGUGAUGUAAAUAAGUAUCAAAUGUACUGUAUACAACCACUCAGGUGAACAAAUGUAUGAAAAUAUAGAUAUUGGUUAUCUGUUUAUUUUAAUAUAAUUUCUAACUUAAUCUAUAUAACUCCUUUUUCACAGUACAUCUUGCUAAUGCAGUCUAUAGGCAUGAUCGUGAUUUCAAGCUCGAUUACACUUCCUAGUGCUUGACGCAUGCGCAGAGUGCCAGAUGGCUCAACCCAAACGAAAUGAUCAAGCAGGAACAGAUUUUCUCUCACUGCUUCUUGUUUUUUUGUGCUAACAGCAUGGAUAAUUCAUGAUGUAUCAGUUGCUCACAUAGGUUUUUUUCAUCUGAUAUUAAUAAUUGAGUAAAUGUCUAGUUACAUUUAAAACUGUCUAUAAUUUGACCGCAUGGUAUUAUCAAAGGACAUUUUAUAAUUUCAGUCUGAAAGCAAUAAAAGUUCUCAUGCAAGUUGCAAUCUUAUGUUUGGCACAUAGAAAUAAAUACUAAAUGAGGAGUUAAACAAGAUCAAUUGAAGGUGGUAUGUUUCUCAAUCAAAGCCCAAGAAGAAUUAUCAUCUAAAUAAAUUCUUAAAUAACUGCUAUUUUGUCCCAGUAGUUGUAAUUGAAGGACUGCAUUACACUUAAAGUAUUGUAUAACAGUAGCAUCAGAUCUUUUUUUCCCAACUCUUAUCUCAUUUUAUUCAGUAUAGUGACUUUAGUAAGUGAUAGGUGUAACUUCAAACCACUAUAAUGCAGAUU